ACGGGAUUGUUUUUCGUGAUUGAGUAUAGUCUGCGCGCUAUUUAGCCUUAAUUGGAUACACAUCUCUUUCGCACACAAUAAGUAUCCCCAUCAAACGCGUACCUUUUAUUACCUGGUCUUUAAAUUGGCAAACAUUCUGCUCGCGCGAUAUUUCAGAAAAAAACUGUCUGGAUCUCGUUACGACACAAUUCACUUCAAUGGCGCAGAGAACCGCUUGUUUGUUUCAGUUGCAUCCUUCUGUUUUUGUCGAAAAGGAGAGUAGGAGUGCGGGACUGCGGGACUGCGGGACUGCGGCUGCACCAUUGAAGUUGAGGUCCAUAAAAACGCAUAAAAAGAACCAGGCUAAUAUCCAGCUAUCUUGACCAAACAAGGUCUGGUAAUUUUUUAUCUGACUUCUAUGGUAACAGCAAACUCCACAUCCACCAUGGUCUCCUCAACAAUAUCAGCUUCAAAGACAUCUGCAUCAACUAUUACAUCCUCUACAGUGUUUUACUCUAUAGUGCCACCCAAGACACAGGGCCCAGCAUCAGGAUAUGGUCAUUUUAAUCUAUCAAGGGCAGAUGGGAAGCCUUGCCUCCUUUUAGAUAUCUCAUGUAUGGUGACCAUACAACUCCAAAGCAAUGAGACUUUUGACCUUCCACUGAAUGCCAUUCCAAAUGGAACCUGUGGAGGGAAGUCAUCAUCUGUGUCUCUUGCUUGGAAAUCAGGAUCAGCCAACCUGACCAUCUCCCUGACAUUUUUGACUGAGGACGACAAAUGGAAAACAAGCAGCCUGGCUUUCACUUAUAUUAAAGAAAUCAACGGGAGUGACUUGAAAGUGAGUGCAGCCCAAACUAAUCCUGUGAAGCUGAUGAUGACAGCAGCAAAGGAGAAAAGCUUUAAAUGCAGUGAGAGCCUGGACAUACCAUUAGAAGGAAAAAAUGAAGUCGCAGUUAGCAUAAAAAAGAUAGAAGUGCAGCCAUUUGGAGGUGACUUUGGUGAAGCUGAUGUUUGUUCUCCAACGCCAGGGAAUAAUCUAGCUGAGCCAGUGGACAGUAUUGUACCAACUAUUGUAGGCUGUGUGUUAGCUGGGUUGAUUGUCAUUCUAAUCAUUACAUACUUUGUAGGCCGCUGUAAGAGGACACGCUAUGAAAAAAUGUGAUUAUAAUUUUGUGGAGUUAUCUAUUCUCAUUAUGACUGAGAAUUUUAUGAGAAUGAUGGGCUGUUCUUGAUCAUUUAGCUAGUGUGAUAUUUGAAUUGAAUUGUAUCCUGAACAACAACACACCACGUUUUAAUUUUUUUUAUGGGACUUUGAGUUAUUUAAAUCUACACAACUUUCAGCGUAAAGACUGGUUAUUACAUUUUUAUAAAUAUUUGAUAUCACUGUCAAUCUCUGUUUUGUUUUAAGCAGUCUUGCUCUGUUGAGUAAGGAAAAAUCUUCAAAAAAAAUAGUUGCUCUGAUGACAGCUAUUUAACAACUUUUCACCAAAGUGGAGGUUGCUAGGGGUGGAUAUUUUCAAAGCUGCCAAAUGAAUAGUUGUUAACUAUAUACUAAAAAUUAUGAUCUAUACUAGUAUAUAGUUUUAUAUAGUUUAGUAGAUACUAAAACAGUGAGAUGAUUAGCACAGAAACUGCUUUAACUCAUUUGUUCCUGGAAGGAUGCAAUACCUUUGGGUGUAUAUCCCAGGCAAGUCGCUCCAAGGUGGAUAGCAAAAGAUUUUCAGAGUUUGAGUAGCCAAUCCAAGCACCCCUUCAAUGUUCUCUACUGUUUUAGUAUUUACCAAAUGAUGUUAUCUUGAUGUGAUGUCAUUCACAGGGAACUGCUGAGUCAAGUACACAACAUUCGAUUCAAUAAUGAGUGAUUUUAGUCAGAUUUAAGGGAUGAUUUGGAUUUGUCAGAAGGCUUUUUUUGCAUAGCACUGUGCAGUGCAAUUGUUGGAGCAAUCAGGGAAAGAACAAUUUAAAGGGUAGGGACUCAUGAAAAUUUUUUGAACUCUUUUUACAUCAGCUGUCAGUAGUUACAGUAAACAGUGAGUGUGUUGUAAAGGAAAAUAAUGCAGAGCAUCCUUUACUUAUAAUGAAGAAUGAGCAAAUGACAACAGUUCCUCUUGCCUAUUUCAUGUGCAUGCUUGCAGUGGGUGCAAAUAGUUGAUGAAAAUGAAUUUUUAGCAUGGCAUGACUUCCUAGUUUGUUUGAAAAUUCAGAUAAACACAGUUUUACUAACAGUGCCUCAGCUUAUUAUGGAAAUUUUAAGGGCCACCUUCUUUCAUAAAAACUUUGAGACCAUGUUCAUUGAUUCUUUAUUGUUCUUGACCCUUUUUAAAAAGUACAUAUUUUUGGAUAGAUAAAAGUUCCCUAAUGUGACUGUGUGGUAUAAUAUUUUGAUGCUUUGAACUCACCUAGAAAAGGAGAUUCUAAAAUUUCAGUCUGCAAAGUUAACUCAUUUAAGUUUGUAAGCAACGAUCAAUUGAAAAUUGUUGCUAAUUUGUUGGAUGAUCUUUAGAAGAGAACAUUUACAAAAACAAUAAGAUUCACUGAGUGAGAUAUACCACAGUGCAGUAAAUUAUUACAUAGCACUACUGACUUAGGCUGCAAAAGCUAUCACGUUUUCAUUAUCAAGCAGUCGUAAUUGUUUGCCAAUAAAUCUUGCUGCAAUCCUUUUAUAAUAGAGAAUGUCAACACCCAGUAAAGAUAUUGCACCUCUCUUUUAUUCUUCUUUCCAUGUGGAAAAGAGCCAAAGUCACCUCAGUGUUUAAAGCAGAGGCCGAAAGAUGUAGUUGAGAACUAUCGACCUAUAUCACUGCUAUCCAUGCCAAGUAAAUGUCAAGAGAGGAUUGUACGUAAUGCCAUAGAUCAUAUAUAAUGCCAUAUAUUCCCAUAUGUGGCCCUUACCUGACAGUUGGGCAACAUGGUUUCAUAAGGGGUCGCUCAUGCGCCACCCAGUUCGUUUUAACACACCAUCAGUGGACAAAAGGGUCGAAUGAUGGAUUGCAGGUGGAUGUUGUGUUUUUAGAAUUUUGAAGGCAUUUGACAGAGUAUCACGUGAUCUACUCCUGCAGAAGCUGUGUAAUUUUGGCAUCUCUGGUACCUAACUUAAAUGGUGUGAGAAUCACUUGAGCAACAGAGAGCAAAGAGUUGUCAUAGAUGGACAGGGUUCUACCUGGUCUGUCAUUCCAUCUGGUGCACCACAGGGUUCCUUAAUUACUAGGGCCAUUAUUUUUUGUGAUAAUUAUUCAUCAGCAAUUUGCCUGAAGUGGUUAUGCUGGGGAACACUAUUGCAUUGUAUGCAGAGGAUUGUAGAACAUCUAGAGUGGUAACCUGUGCUGAGUUUUCAAUUUGACCUUGAUAACCUAUGUAUUUGGAGUCAGCAAAAUCUGAUAGACUUUAAUGUAAAGAAAUGCAAAUUGCUGCAUGUGUAUCAUGAAGAAAAGUAUGCCUUUUCAUUUUGACGUUAAGUUAAAUGGGAGCUCUCUGGAAGAAACGUCCGAAUUCUGCAAGUCUGGUUACUAGUAACAAGCUGUCCUGGAAUGCCCACAUUGAUAAGUUGUGUAGAAAUUCUUUGCCUUAUUAAAAGAACAUGUAGAGGUCUGAAAGAUGUUAACACUCUAAGAACUUUGUACUGUGCCUCGGUAAGGUCCCAACUAGAGUAUUGCACUAUUGUCUGGUCACCUUUUACAACUAGAAACAUUAACAAAUUGGAAAGGAUUCAGCGAAGAGCUUCCAAGUUUAUCCUAAAAACUGAUGAGGACUAUCAAAUUUGCAAAGAAAAAUUAAACUUGUCAUCGUUAGAGGACAGGCA